AAAGCCAACAGAGUCAGCUGCUGUAAACACGACAGAGCAGCAACAUGGGCAAGAUCUACCAAGUUAUUAUAAACGGACUGAGAGACGAAAAAACAACUAUUGACCUCGGCAGCAGCGAGGAGGAGAUGAACAACACGACUGUCUUGGAACUCAAAACAAAAAUUCUGCAGAGACUACCUGGAAAUUCAGAUUCACCAGAAGAUCUGCGACUGAUAUUUGCCAAUAAACAGCUGGAAGAUUCUGCAAAGCUGUCAGACUAUCAGAUAAAAGAUAAAUCCAUAAUUCUUAUGGUUUUGCGUUUGCCUGGUGGGAAUUAAAAGAAGAAAAUCUCAAUCUGCAUUUGUUAUUCCAAGUGUUUUUUCCGGAUUGUUGGUGACUGUGGGAAAACAGAAUUAAUGAGACUGAGGUAGACUUGGAUGAUGUAAUUACUGUAUAAGUUGCUUAAAAUGAGUCUCCAUAUAUAGACAAAUGUUUUAUUAACUUGUAAAUGAAGCACAUUGCCACCUCUAAAUAUUUCUGUCCUUUUCUGAACUCACUUUUUGCAUUGGAAAUUCAGGGGGAUCUAGGGAGCAUGGCACACUCACACUGCCACAAGCUUGAGUCACCAGUUAACUAAAGACACACCUAAGCAUGGAGAAGGUGACAGUUCCACGUCGACAGUGAAUGAUCUUUGAAUUGUACCCGAGCUGUGCAGCAGGACCGCAGCCAGUAAGCCACCAUACCGCCUUUGUUGCAAGAGCCUGCUGAUAUAUUAAUAGUGUUAAAGCAUAAAACAUAAUAUUGAAAUCUAACCUUCAUUUAGUAAACACAAGACGAGGUUCAACCAGACUAUAACCAGAUGUACCUGGAACCCAAGAUUACAUACUUUAAAAAUACUGCAUUUUACUUAAGACAGUGUUUCUUAACCUACAAGGGGAGAGCGAAAAAAAUGGAAAUCGAAGUAGAAGCUAUCUAUUGAAACAAACUCGUUUAUUGCCACUGUUUAUGGUAUAAAAAUCACACAGAGUAUGUCGACUAUCGGUUCUGUGGUAUUCGUGUAAAUCAAGGGUUCCCAAAGUGGUCGAUAUUGACCCCCUGGGGUCGAUUUGAACUUGCUAGGGGUCGAUAGUUUCAAUAAAAAAAUUUGGGGGUCAACGACAGCAAAAAUAGACCCCCUUACUACUGCUAUUUGUUUGUUACUUCAAAAUAUCUAUGAUUCCAAUAGGUACCUAAUUAAGAAGUAAAAUCAUU